AGCGUGCUGCAACGGCUGCAUGGUAUUCCUUAGGGCUUUUCCUUGAUUCGGUCGGUCGCUCAUCAUGGCGUGGCUCUUCCCCACCCUUCUCAGCUUGUGGAUCUCAGCUGCCUGGAGCCACGACUUUGCCAAGGCAGCACAGGAACUGAUGGAGAGGAUCGAGCAUGGGGAGACCGAUCUGCCUGUGGUGAAGAACAUGGACCCCAAGAUCAAGGAGAGCCUGCUGAAGCCAGCAGAGAAGCUGCCGCUCAUGACACCGGCAGAUCCUGUGAAGCCCUUGAAGGAGGCGAAGGACGUGCCCAAGGUCUUCGCGGACUUUGCCAACAAGGACUUCGAGAAGAUGGAUCCCUCCGACGUGGACGUGGUGAGCCUGCGCAAGCAGGUGGACAAGGACAACGCAGCACAGAAACAAAGGUUGCAGGCGGCCAUCGCGCACCUGAAGAACAUGUACAAGACAGAGACUCAUGUUGGGGCCCUCCAAGCCGAGAUUGCGAAGGAUAAGACGCAGCUCAAUGAGGACCUGCCCCAGAUUGGUGGACUGCACCUCCGGCUCCUUCCUUUGCUGGGGCUCUUCGCCGCCAGCGCCGGAGCAGUUGCGCUGCUGGGCCUGAAAUGCCGAGCUCGCAGCCCACCUGCGCAGCUGCUGGCGGAGUCCGAUUACGAGGGCCAAUGAGGCUCAGGUGACGUGAGGUGCAAAUUAGAUUCACGUCGUGGAAUAGACAACCUUGCCAAAGCUGCUGUGGGUUUCACGACCCGGACUGCCUGGUUCUCAGAGAGGGCUGCACACGCAGCUUGUGCCUGACCUGAG